GGGAGCUCACUGGGAAUAACCUGACAGGAGGAUUUGGUGGAGCAAAAUGGAUAUUUAAUUUUUAUUAUUCUUGAUUUUUUUGUUUGUUUGUUUGUUUACCCCUGGUGUGUGUGGGGGUUGUUUUUUGUUGCUUUUAUUGCGUUUAGUCCGGUUUAACUAUUUUCAAAAUACUCAAAAAAACAAAAAUAACCAUUUCCAUCCUAUUAGCCUUCCCAGGACUUAUAGGCCUGAACUCGUGUUUUGUGUUUUAUUAAGACGCAAGAGGCGCAUCAGCCACUGGAGGGACAAGUGCACAGGACGGCGUGAGACAGACAGGGAGCUUCCUUUAAAUAUAUCAUCUUAUCUCUUGAACAAUCAUCCAAUAACAGGACUGCAGUGUCUGGGUGGAGUAUGGCCUGACUUUUACUGCAACAAACUUGUGUUGGGUUGCCGUUGGAUGCGGUGGAGGAGCGCACUGUAACGCAAAGGUCACCCCCAAAACUGAGAGAAAAAUAAAAUCUCGCUGCUUGGUGUGGGAUUAACAUUAACAGCAACUGUCAAACUCAUGGGAUCCUCCUGCCCCUCGGGCGACUGGGAGUUCCGCUGAAGUCUCCACUGCGCAUGUCAGAGCGCUGGACAGCUCCAGAGAGGGAAAUUUAAAAACGGUUUUUUGAGAAUCAAGUGCAGCACAGUGAAAUACAGUACAGAGGUUCGCCACCGGCUUACACAUCCUUCAAUAUCAUCCAAAACAGAGUUACCACAUAUCCCAGGAAAUGAUAGAAGGUGGAAUUACAUCCAGGAUGUCAGGAAUAAUUGAGAAUGCUGGGCAUCAUCCGUCUCCACAGGACUACAGGCUUCUGACCACGGACCCCUCCCAGCUGAGGGAGGAGGACCUCCCUGGGGACCUGCAGUCUCUGUCAUGGCUCACCUCUGUGGAUGUGCCCCGACUGCAGCAGAUGGCUGAUAGCCGGGGCCACAGUAACGGGCCCUCCCAGGGCAGCUUGCUGGAGCAACAGACAGCUCAGCUGAGCAGCAUGACGAUGACAGCGGGUCAAGGCUCCAUGCUCCACCUCCAGAGCAGCAUGCAGCACAGCCCUCUGGGAAUCAGCAUCGUCAACACACACAGCGGGAGUAUGUCUCCAUUCUCCAUGAAUGGGCUUCCCUCUCCAGGAUACCAAUGCCCUACCUCAGUCUACCAGCCUGCACCCCAGCAGGUGUACUCUCUAACCCAAACUGGACAACAGUGUUCAGCUGGUGGGCUUUAUAGCAAUGUCUCUUUCACCAACCAAAGUCUAUUCACACAACCUCGUCUGGCCCCACAGGACCAGGAGAUGCAACCCAAGUCUUUCCCCAAGCCAAUCUAUUCCUACAGCUGUUUGAUUGCCAUGGCUCUGAAGAACAGCAAAACUGGCAGUCUCCCAGUCAGUGAGAUCUAUAGCUUUAUGAAGGAACACUUUCCUUAUUUCAAGACUGCACCUGAUGGAUGGAAGAACUCAGUCAGACACAACCUGUCCUUAAACAAAUGCUUUGAGAAAGUGGAGAACAAGACGAGCAGCUCAUCCCGUAAGGGCUGUCUAUGGGCACUGAACCCUGCUAAAAUUGACAAGAUGGAGGAAGAGAUGCAGAAGUGGAAGCGCAAGGACCUGCCAGCCAUCCGCCGCAGCAUGGCUAACCCUGAUGAGCUGGACAAACUGAUCACAGACCGCCCCGAGAACUGCAGACGUAAGGCUUUAGAGCCUGGCAUGACCAGGCUGCCCAGCUGCCCGACUGGCCUCCCUCUGCCUGUCCCAGCCCAGAUGCAGCCUCAGCCUAUUGUGACGCUGUCCCUGCCCUGUUUACCCAUGCACCAGCACCAUCAGCUUCAGGCCCAGCUCCAAGCUCAGGCCCGCCUGGCCCCCAUGUCCCCUGCCCCAGCUCAGACACCUCCCCUCCACACAGUCCCUGACCUUUCCCACAGUCCAGUCGGCCAGCAGCCCAGCAAGCCACCAGACGAUUUCUACAGCGUGCAAGGUGAUACACAUACAGAGGUGGAUGCACUGGACCCAAGCAUCAUGGACUUUGCCCUCCAAGGUAAUCUGUGGGAGGAAAUGAAGGACGACAGCUUUAACCUGGAUGCUUUGGGUACCUUCAGUAACUCCCCCCUCCGACUAUCAGACUGUGACUUGGGAACAGCCAACCUCCCUCCUGUCUCCAGUGGAGCAAACCUGCCGCUGUCAGACGCACAAGUGACAGGCCUCUACACGUCCUACGCCUCCCAGGAUCCCCUGUCCUCCCAGUACAUGGUCACCCCAGCCAACAGCAAGCCCAUCGCCCUGUUAUAAACCAGUUGACCGGUCUCUAACACAGUCGAUCUGAUUUAUUCAACCGUCUGUGGAUAUGUGUGGACCCCAUCUGAGGUCAAAAUCUGAAAUUCUUGUGUGCGACUAUAAGUACACAUUUUCUCUGCUUUCCUGCAGUCAGAUGGGAAUGAC